AUGCUGGGAAGUACAUGGGGUCUCUCACCCGGUCUUAUGUACUGGUGCUACACGGCUAUAGUUAGACCUAUAUUACUUUACGGUAUAUUAGUUUGGUGGACAGUUGUGAAAAAGAAAACAUAUAUAAAACCCCUGGAAAAGGUCCAAAGACACGCGGCGAUGUGCAUCACCGGUGCAAUAAGAACAACUCCGACGGCAGCUCUAGAAGCUAUACUAAACUUACCCCCAAUUGAUAUCUUUGCCGAGAAUAUGGCGGCAAAAACAGCCGAACGGCUACGCAUCACUGGGCAACUUACUCGAAGAUCUUUCGGGCAUAACGUUGUAAAUCAGAACACCACUCUUGAUUCGGAUUAUAUGAUUCCGAUCAUGUACACCGGAGCAACAAUAAAAACUGUGAUCGAAAACGAAGGAUGGAAAAAAGGCAUGGUGCCAAAAUGCAACACCAUAAAUGUUUUCACAGACGGUUUAAAGAUGGAAGUGGGAGUAGGAGCCGGCAUAUAUUGUGCGGAAUUGAGCAUAAGAAUGCCGUUUAAACUUCCCAACUACUGCAGUGUAUUCCAAGCAGAAGUGUUUGCUGUUAAGAAAGCGGCGGAGCUUGUGUGUAGGGAUGAAACGAGGAACUACUGCAUAAAUUUCUAUGUGGAUAGCCAAGCAGCCAUUAAGGCGAUCGAAUCUUACUGGUCAUCAUCCAAAAAUGUUCUAGAAUGCAAGGAAGCUAUAGCAAGACUAGCCUGUAACCGCAGACUUUGUAUGUACUGGAUUCCUGGCCAUAAAGGCAUAGAGGGAAAUGAGACAGUUGAUGCUAUUGCUAAAAAUGGCGCAAAACUUUCAGAGGAACAAACGAGCGAAGUACUUAGACCUUUGAAACAAAUACAUAAACUUCGGGACGAGCACAUGAUAAGGAGAGCGAAGCACAGAUACUAG